ACGAUUCACACGUAUUAUCUCAGGGUUUUUGCUCGGUGGGUCAAGCUUUUUACUUUCAUAUCUUGACAAAGAAAACCCUGGUAUUCUGUUCGUCGGUCUUAUUGUCGCAUGCAUUGCAAACCUUAUGAUGUUCAUGACACCACAAGCGUGCAUGGAGAGAUUCAAGAAAGGUCGCUCGAUGCUCAUUGGUUCCUACUGUGGCGCUUGGGUUGCCUCUUCACUUGCUUUUCUUGGAUUUAAGGUGCUGUACGAAAGUGGUGCCGUGAGUGUGGCACACUUUUUCCGAUUCCUCGCCGUCGGGUGCGUAUUUCUGUGUGUAAACGCCGCUCUUCUUUAUCCGGACUCCGCCAUUCCGUCACCUGACGAAAAGUUAGAAGUCAAACAACCCUCGAAACACGAUCCGUUCAAAAAGGCCAAAAAACACACGUGUUUCCGAGAGGAACUUCAAAAAUAUAAACUUUGCCUUGGACACAUGAUUAACCGAAGAAAGGAUACUCCUUGUCAUUUGGUCAAGACUGAUGAAAAAAACCAGUUAAUACCCAAUAUUUCGAAGGCUGAAAAUAAAUCUCAGAAGGAAAAAGACUUGAAACGUGAAGGACAAGCAGGAAACAGCCUUCAUGAGAAACCCAUCAGAUAUUCAGACCAAGAGCUGCUGACGGCAAUUAAAUCGGGAGAUACAAUGCAAUUGACAAGGACAAAGACGGUGUUAGAUUUGUCGCAACAACAGAAUCGUGCAUCAAAGAUUGCUGGACUUAUGUGCGAUAUCAAUGGUGUGACGUAUGCAGAAUGUCCCACGUUUGGCUCAUGUGACAGCCCCAGACACGACCAACAAGAUUUGAGGCCCAAUAGAACUGUAAAAAUUGACGUAGAUGAUCGGAAUCUAAACCCAAACGAAGAACAGAAGUCAGAAGAAAUCAAUCAGAAUCCUUGCGAGAUGAAAGAGCUCCUGGAAAGCAGAACCACAGAUCUUCAAGUGUGGACUGCAAUUUCCGCGGUUUCCUAUCUAAAGUCAGGCAUAUCUUUCAAGAAUUGCGUCCUAUCCACUCCCCAUGUUUUGGCGCAAGUAUUCUUAACUGUUUGUAAGAUCCGUACGUGGUUCUUCGUCGGCACUUUCUCCAAUUUCAUAUCCGUUCUCUGUGAUGGUGAUCGCUCAACAGUUGCUCGCUACGUCAACAUAUUUGGGAUCAGUCACGUCGGAGCCUUGUUAAUGGCUCCCCUAUUCGGCUACAUCAUUGACCGCCAAUGUUUCUACAACGAUUACGUUAAACCUUCCAAAGACACCGAGAAACAACAUCAGAAGUUUAUGAUGGACAUUGAGGAUACCCCAAAAGCGAUGGAUUUCAUUGUGAAGUGUAUGAGAAAGAGAGUUUUUAAAUUGAACGAUGCAGUGCUGGUCACUGCUGUAGCCACCGUAGUAUUCUGUCUUCUGUCGUUGAUACCGAGUCUCACCGUUCAGAUCGCUACGUUUCAGUUAUAUGUAUUUGUUAAAGUUGCUUAUGACACAGUCUUCACUAGCAUACUAAUAAUCCUAUUUCCACAGCAACACUUGGGAAAAUUGAUGGGUUUAGCGGCUGCUAUUGGAGCCAUCUUUUCUUUAAUUCAAUAUCCUUUGUUUAUAAUUAUGGAAGUUUGGUUUGGGGGAAGAACACUAGAGGUCCAUAUAUUUCUUUGGCUGCUUUGUUUGUUUUCAUUUGGUUUUCCAGUUUAUCUCUGGCGUAAAGCUUCCAAACAUAAACCACACAGCCUUGCUCUGGUUGCGGUGUAAUACACGUACAUGCGCAUGCGCAUGAUAUUGGCGAGAAGAGAGUUCAUUUGGGCUGCUGUUCGUUGAUUCAUACCGGUUCCAACACUAGCCACACGCAUGACGCAUCUUAUUCAAACACACAAAGACAUACGAAAUUAACAAGAGCGUUGUUGCUAGCUUGAUAUAUCCAUCAUAGCAGCCUUAAAUUUCACAAGAACUUGGUGUUUGUGUAAGCUCAUCAGUCCUUUCUACGGGAUGAUUUAGAAGUUAGAACUUAAAUAUUCAAGAACACAUCGCGGAUUAUCGCAAUGAGAGCCGAAUAGAAGAUUUACGAUUGCUGCUGGGGUAUUCAAUGUUAGGAACCAAGACUAACCUACCUUAUUCUAUCCACGGUGAAAAACCAACGGUCUCACCCAAUGAAAGGCUCAGAGUAGGGCCUGUUUCAAACAUUGCCCAUCUCAUGUGCCGAACGCAUUAAAAACAAUAGUUAAUAAUUUAUGUUCGCGCAGCCAUUAUGUGGUUAUAAUGCGUUCGGCUCACGAGGUUUCAAAUAGACUGAACAACUGCUUAAAAUCUACCAAAAAGUUCCAAGAGAAAAAAAUACUCGUAUUUUUCAAGCAAUUGUUUACCUACACGGCGAUUAUGGACAGACUAAUAAUAGUAAUAUGGUUACAGUAAUUUAGUAGGGUGAUUUAUGUUUUCAAAAAUCGUUGACAUUCGUUUAUCUAUGCCUAAAACGUCAAUAUAAAGGCAUGGUAUAGCUUUGUAUAGCACGUUGCACAUUUUGACAUUGAUGUUGCUAACGAGAGACACACGGGGUUGCUUCGUGUUAUCUAUUGACAUUAUUUAUUCAAUCAAUAUAAUAUAAUAAAGAAGCUUUAU